UCUGAACGGCGCCGUAUUGAUAGGGGAGGGUCCAAAUCCAUUUUUACGGUAUAGAAAAUGCUUCUUCUUUUUCUUCUUCGCAAUCUCACCAGGAAGCAAACACAGAGAGAUAAAAUAAAGCAUGGGCUUGCGGUGUUAUUUUGGCGGGACGGCCAUACAAACCCUAAGGAUGGCUGUAAUUCCUGCUUCUUCAUCUUCUUCACGCUUCAUUUUCGGAAGGCCAUUGUCCAAAACCCUAACACUAAACUCCCUUUUCCUUCGACGUAAUAAUGUUAACUACCUAACAAGACCUCCGUUUACACUGCUAACCAAAGCACUCGCUGCAACAGCUGUACAGGCAGCGCCUCCCACAGAGACAAUAGAUAGAGUGGUUAAGCCGCAAUGGAAGGCGGCGAUUGAUUUCAAGUGGAUAAGGGAUAAUAAGGAUGCGGUUGCUUUGAACAUAAAGAACAGGAACUCCAAUGCUAAUUUGGAACUUGUGCUUGAGAUCUAUGAGAAAAUGUUGGCUGUCCAAAAGGAAGUUGAAAGGCUUCGUGGGGAAAGAAAUGCCGUAGCGAACAAGAUGAAAGGAAAGCUAGAGCCAUCAGAACGCCAAAAACUCAUAGAGGAAGGAAAGAAUCUGAGGGAUGGACUCAUCAUGCUUGAAGAAGACCUGCUAAAACUUUCUGAUGAACUUCAGCAGGAAGCACAAUUUAUACCCAACAUGACUCAUCCGGAUGUUCCUAUUGGAGAAGAAGAUCGUUCAAUAGUGAGAAAGAUGGUGGGUUGUCCACGUGAAUUUAGCUUCCCUAUCAAAGACCACCUUCAGCUUGGGAAGGAACUUGAUCUCUUUGAUUUUGAUGCUGCUGCAGAGGUUAGUGGAUCAAAAUUCUAUUAUCUGAAGAAUGAAGCAGUUAUGCUAGAGAUCGGCCUUAUCAAUUGGACUCUCUCUGAAGUCAUGAAAAGGGGCUUUACACCUCUAAUAACCCCGGAACUUGUGAGAUCUUCGGUUGUUGAAAAAUGUGGCUUCCAGCCUCGUGGAGAUAAUACCCAGGUUUACUCUGUUGAGGAAAGUGAUCAGUGCCUGAUUGGUACUGCAGAGAUUCCUGUGGGAGGAAUUCAUAUGGAUUCUAUCCUUGUGGAAUCAAUGUUGCCAUUGAAGUAUGUGGCAUUUUCCCAUUGCUUCCGUACAGAGGCAGGUGCUGCAGGCGCAGCAACAAGGGGCCUUUAUCGAGUUCACCAGUUCAGCAAGGUGGAAAUGUUCAUUCUAUGCCAGCCAGAGGAGAGUGAAUCUCAUCAUGAAGAGCUUAUCAAAAUUGAAGAAGAACUUUUCUCUUCGUUGGGUUUACAUUAUAAAACUAUAGAUAUGGCUUCAGGAGAUUUAGGUGCACCUGCUUACCGCAAAUUUGAUGUAGAGGCAUGGAUGCCUGGCUUAGGACGUUAUGGUGAGAUAUCAAGUGCAUCCAAUUGUACAGACUAUCAAAGUCGCCGACUAGGAAUUCGAUAUCGUCCAUCAGAACCAACAUCAACAAAUCCUAAAAUGGUUAAAGGCAAAUUCACUCCAACAAGGUUCGUACACACAUUAAAUGCAACAGCUUGUGCAGUUCCACGGAUGAUGAUAUGUUUGUUAGAGAACUACCAACAAGAAGAUGGAUCUGUCAUUAUCCCUGAGCCAUUGAGGCCAUUUAUGGGAGGGCUGGGACUUAUAGCUCCUAAAUUCUCACGGGCUGAGUAGAUAUCAAGUCUGAUUGAGGCGGGACCUAUAUUUGAGCUACAUUUUUGACAAAUUCUACAUAUUAACGUAUUUGGCCUCAAAUAGGGAACAAUUGAAAAGUUUCAAAUAUUAUAAUUUCCAAAGGAUAAGCAUUUAUAUACAAAAGGAAAGUGUCUUAUACCGUUUGGCAGGUUCUUGCAUAAUUUUUUUUUGGGGGUGGUGUGCAAUUGGUCUGUUCAGAAACUAAAAAAAAAAUUGAGUAAUCAAAAAUAAAUAAGUUGAUUUCGCUUGGUCAA